GCUGAGUCUACACGGAAGUUUUCAUUACGUUGUUUUAUCGAUGGGAUUGAUUGUGCGGUUUAUAACGUUUUUAUCGGAGUUGGGUUUACAGCUCUAACAUCUGUUCUUAAAUAAUGGUCACAACGGAUUAACAGAAAAGGGACGGUGAAGGGUAACAACCACCACAACAACCAAAGACUCAACAAGCCACAAGAGGAGUUUCUUCACAAGGUCAGUCUUCAAGUUCACCACAGAGAGUCUCUUCCACGCAAGACGCCAUGAUUUCUUCUAAUCGAUCUUAUGGAGCGAGGGUAAUAAACGAAUCGCCUUCUCAGAGGUCAAAAGAAACCCUAUCACCACAGGGACCAAAAGACCCGCGAACUGACAAAAACCCACCGUCAUCAGAUCAGGGUGGUUGGAGCUGGAGAAAAAUAGCCAGUGUUACCGCUGGAGCGGUGGGAGCCGUGGCUCUGGCGCCCGUAGCUGUGGCCGCAGCUGGGUUCGGAGCAGGCGGUAUUGCCGCCGGAAGUUUAGCAGCGAGCAUGAUGUCUACGGCCGCGAAAUCCGGACCAAAAAGAGACGGUGAAGGGAAACAACCACCACAACAACCAAAGACUCAACAAGCAGCAAGAGAAGUUUCUUCACAAGGUCAGUCUUCAAGUUCACCACAGAGAGUCUCUUCCACGCAAGACGCCAUGACUGCUACUAAUGGAACUUAUGGAGCUAUGGCAAUAAACGAGUGGUCGUCUUCUCCUGGUUCAAAAGAAAACUCUCCAUUACCGGGACCAAAAGAAACAGGACCUGACAAAAACCCACCAUCGUCCUGUGAAAGUGGCUGGGGCUUUGGAAAGCUUGCAGGUGUUGCUUCUGGAGCCUUUGGAUCACUGACGCAGUCACCGGCACUUGUGGUAGGCGUUAGAGCAGCCAAAAGUUUAGCUGCGGAUAUGAUGUCUACGGCUGCUACAUCCGGUGCCCAAUUUAGAGAAGGAAAACAACCAUCAGAAAACACGAGGAACCCACACUAUAAAACGGAAUCUUCCAAACCUAGUCAGUCAACGAGUUCUUCACGGAGGGACUCCUCCACACAGGACUCUAGGUCUUCUGGGACUUCUGGAGCUGGGCCAAGAAAAGAGCAGGGGUCAAAAGCAACCCCACCAUCACAGGAACCAAAUGAACCAGGAUCUGAUAAAAACCCACCUUCAUCAGAUCAGAGUGGUUGGAGCUGGAGAAAAAUUGCCUGUGUUGCCGGAGGAGCAGUUGGUGCUGCGACGCUGGCACCAGUAGCUGUGGCGGCAGCUGGGUUUGGAACAGGCUGUAUCGUGGCCGGAACUGUAGCUGCGAGUAUGGUGUACAAUGCUGCUACAUCCGGUGAAGGGAAACAAUCAUCAGAAAACACGAGAAACCCACAAGAAACAAGGGAAUCUUCCAAAGCUGGUCAGUCAACGAGUUCUUCACAGAGAGGCUCCUCCACACAAGACUUUAGGUCUUCCUCUUCUGGAACUGGGCUAAGAAAAGAGCAACCAUUACCGAGACCAAAAGAAACCCCAUCAUCACAAGAACCAAAUGAACCUGGAUCUGACAAAACCCCACCAUCAUCAGAUCAGAGUGGUUGGAUGUGGAGAAUAAUUGCUUGUGUUAUCGCUUGGAUGAUGUCCAAGGCUGCUACCACCGGUCAAGGGAAACAAUCAUCAGAAAACACAAGAAACCCACAAGCAACAAGGGAAUCGUCCAAAGCUGGUCAGUCAACAAGUUCUUCACAGAGAGGCUCCUCCACACAGGACUUUAGGUCUUCCUCUUCUGGAACUGGGCCAAGAAAAGAGCGACCAUCACAGGGACCAAAAGAAACCCCAUCAUCACAAGAACAAAAUGAACCAGGAUCUGACAAAACCCCACCAUCAUCAGGUCAGAGUGGUUGGAGCUGGAGAAUAAUUGCUUGUGUUAUCGCUUGGAUGAUGUCCAAGGCUGCUACCACCGGUGCCCAGUUUAGAGAAGGGAAACAACCAUCUGAAAACACGAGAAACCCACACGGUACCAGGGAAUCUUCUAAACCAGGUCAGUCAACCAGUUCUUCACGGAGGGACUCCUCCACACAAGGCUCUAGGUCUUCUAAAACUUCUGGAGCUGGGCCAAGAAAAGAGCAGGGGUCAAAAGCAACCCCACCAUCACAGGAACCAAAUGAACCUGGAACUAACAAAACCCCACCUUCAUCAGAUCAGGGUGGUUGGAGCUGGAGAAAAAUUGCCUGUGUUGCCGGAGGAGCUGUUGGUGCCGUGGCGCUGGCACCCGUAACUGUGGCCGGAGCUGGUUUCGUAGCCGGCAGUAUCGUGGCCGGAUGUGUAGCUGCGAGUAUGGCGUACAAUGCUGCUACAUCCGGUGCCCAAUUUAGUGAAAGAAAACAAUCAUCUGAAGACUCGAGAAACCCACAAGCAACAAGGGAAUCUUCUAAACCAGGUCAGUCAACGAGUUCUUCACGGAGGGACUCCUCCACACAAGACUUUAUGUCUUCUGGGACUUCUGGAGCUGGGCCAAGAAAAGAGCAGCCAUUACAGGGACCAAAAGAAACCCCAACAACACAGGGACCAAAAGAAACUCCAACAACACAGGGACCAAAAGAAACUCCAACAACACAGGGACCAAAAGAAACUCCAACAACACAGGGACCAAAAGAAACUCCAACAACACAGGGACCAAAAGAAACUCCAACAACACAGGGACCAAAAGAAACUCCAACAACACAGGGACCAAAAGAAACUCCACCAUCAAAAGAACCAAAUGAACCUGGAUCUGACAAAACCCCACCGUCAUCAGAUCAGCGAGGCUGGAGCAAAAGAAAAAUUGCCUGUGUUGCCGCUGGAGCAGUUGGUGCUGUGGUGCUGGGACCUGUAGCUGUGGCGGCAGCUGGGUUCGGAGCAGGCGGUAUCGCGGCCGGAAGCUUAGCAGCCAGCAUGAUGUCCACGGCAGCUACAUCCGGUGUCGGCAUGGGCGUCGUCUCUGUGUUACAGUCAGUGGGGGCUGUAGGAUUUGGAUUGGCGGGUAAUGCGGGGCUAGCAGCUGGGGGCGCCGCUGUCGGUGGAGUUGUAGCACGUGCAGCGGACGCCAUUUUCGGCCAGGGAGAUCAGCCAACCAAAGAGGACGAUGAGAAUGAUGACAGCAGUGAUGAUACCGGUCAUGGGGAAACAAAACAGAGAAAAUAAACGUGAUGCCUCAGCCUGGGAACAUAGUAUAUAACUCUACAAGAUCCUGGUUGGUGCGCCCAAGUUUCAAAAGAGAUGACAAUUUAACAUAUUCUGGGACUAAGUGAAGUGGGUUGGAACAAUUUCGGAGAAACUUGCCUAAGACUGUAUGGAAUCCCAACUAAAGUGAUACAAGGGUUAUCAACUUGAAAAUAUUUGAAUCUCUAUACACAUGAUUCAAUUCUAUAUACCUCAGCUUAUAUACCUGAUCCCCUUCCGUACACAUCAACCCUUUUAAUAUACAAAAACCCUGUUCUAUCUCAUUGCUUGAUACAUGAGGCGAAUAACAUUAAGUUCAAAAUAAAAUGAUUGAAAAAAAAAAA